UCAAGAUCAAGUCCCUUCGCGGAACCGGUAGCCGGUUAGACAUUCUUUUGACAUCGUGCGGAUACGUACGGUGCUCGACUACAUUCUAGAUUUUUCUACAUAAAGGAGAAGAAACUUAAGAAAUAGACAUGCCUGUCCCUGCUAUUCAGAAACCAGCACCAGCUUUCCACGGCACUGCUGUUGUCAAUGGAGAGUUCAAAGACAUUUCUCUUGCUGACUACAGAGGAAAAUAUGUUGUUCUCUUCUUCUACCCAUUAGAUUUCACCUUUGUUUGCCCAACUGAAAUCAUUGCUUUCUCUGACCGUUCUGAUGAAUUUGAUGCAAUCGGUUGCAAACUGAUCGCAGCAUCAACUGAUUCUCACUUCAGUCAUUUAGCAUGGGUAAACACACCACGUAAACAGGGCGGUCUUGGUGAAAUGAAAAUUCCGCUGCUCGCCGAUAAGAGUUCCAAAAUUGCACGCGACUAUGGCGUGCUUGAUGAGGAAUCUGGUAUUCCCUUCCGCGGUCUUUUUAUCAUCGACGAUCAGCAAAACUUACGUCAGGUUACAAUCAACGAUCUGCCAGUCGGCAGAUCCGUCGAUGAAACCUUGCGCUUGGUUCAAGCAUUUCAAUACACCGAUAAACAUGGCGAAGUAUGUCCAGCAGGCUGGAAACCAGGAAAGAAAACUAUGAAACCUGAUGUUGAGGGCUCCAAAGAAUACUUCCGGAGCUCGUAGAUGAAACCAUUUUAAAGGUUUAUCUACUUUUCUAAUUUUUUUUUGUUUUGUUUUGUUUCGUUAAAAGAAAAAAAAAUUCCAUUAUUAAUUACAUGUAGUGAUAAAAUAUUUAAAUUAGUUUAGGAAAACGAUAUCGUCUACUUAACUUUUUUACAAUAAACAAAUGUGUUUAUAUAAUUUUAGCGCUCGUACAAAUUAUUCACGUACACCAAUUUCGUCAUGUACCUAGGUCUUUAUCUAUAAUAAGCGUGAUCGUUGAUUACUAAUCCGAUAUUAGACUGAAAUGUUGAAAAGCAAACUCAAAACGCGAUCGUAUUUAUUCGCAACGCUAUCUUUAAAGUCACUGUGCAUAUCAAUCAAAAUGAAAUCGCGAUUAUUUCAUUCGCAACACUACACUUUAAACUCUAAACGCUAAUUUUAGUCUCUGUUCAAAAUCGACUAAAGCAACGCGUGAUUAUUUCGCAACGCUAUUGCAAGUCGCGGAUGUACCCAUCUGAGCUUAUCGUUGGGGCGGUUAAGACUGCCCAUAACUACUAUUGCGAGUACUAUAACUACUGCAGCGAGUACAGUGACCAAUUAAUAUUACAUAUACAUAAUUAUAUACACAACAAUACACAUAAUCAUUUGUGUCUUACAUCCGUAGUAUUAACCUGAAAAUAAAGAAUCUGAAAAUCCUA